CGUGACGCGGCCGUUUUCGCGCCACUUUGCCGGGACGCGCACGCGGUGCACGCCGGGUAGAGGCGGUGCAGUCGGCGGCUAGCGCAGUCGUUACGGGCGGCGUGGGGGGGGAGAGAAUUUUGUGUUUUUUUAAAAUCCAACAAAACUCGCCACCUUCAACGCCCCCUCCACCUCCCUCCAUCUAUCUCUCCUCGUUUAUACGCUUAUGUAAAACAAAACCAGCGCUCAUUAAAACGUCGCGUGUCAACACAAACAAUGACGAAAAGCGAGGACGAAAACGCCGACGAGGUCGGCGGCGGCUGCGGUGGCGGCGGCCGCAAUGGCGUGCGGGCUAAGUUCGAGGAGCUCUGUCAGGACCUGAACAUGGACGAGUCGACGGUGCACGAGGCGUGGGCCGGCUUCGAGAAGAUCCGCACCAACUUCACCCUCGAGGGCGAUGAGCUGCACUGGCUGGCAUGCGCGCUGUAUGUGGCAUGUCGCAAGACGCUCAUCCCCACCGUGGGCCGGGGAACGCUUGAGGGAAACUGCGUGUCUCUGACACGCAUCCUGCGCUCCUCCAAACUAAGGUGCCUGGUCCUGCCGCCCCCACCCCACGCCCACUCUGUCCACAGCCUCAUCGCCUUCUUUGGCAAGAUGAAGAAGUGGGGGGAAAUGGCGCAGGUGGGCUCCGAUUUCCGCUGUCGCAUCGAGCGCUUGGAGAGAAACUUUGCCGUCUCCACUGUCAUCUUCAAGAAGCUGGAGCCCAUCUUCCUGAGCCUGUUCCGCGACCCACAGGACGAAGCACCACGUCAGCCACGUGGGCGCAAGCAGAGACGCUUACCCUGCACUGUCUCGGACCUGUUCAAGUUCUGCUGGACAUUAUUUGUACGGACAAAAGCCAACUUUCCUAUGAUAAGCGAUGAUUUGGUAAACUCGUAUCACCUCCUGCUGUGCUGCCUGGACCUCAUGUAUGGAAAUGCCCUCCUGAGCUCUCAUCGCAAGGAUCUUCUCAACCCAAACUUCCAGGGCCUUCCAGAAGAAUUUGGCAACAAGGACUUCCGUCCGCCAGCGGAGCCCCCGUGCAUCAUCGACCAGCUGUGCGUGCUGCAUGACGGCAUCGUACUGGAGGCCAAGGGCAUCAAGGAGCACUACUGGAAGCCGUACGUCCGCAAGCUGUUUGAGCGCAAGAUUCUGAAAGGAAAAAUCGACACCCUUUCUGGAUUUCUUGAUGUUUCAUCUUUUACAGACAAUGAGAAAGCCAUUAACCGGGAGUACGAGGAGUACGUGCUGACGGUGGGCGACUUUGACGAGCGUGUGUUCCUGGGCGAGGACGCCGACGAGGAGCUCGGCACACCGCAGAAGGGCACGGUGAUGCCAGGCACGCCGGGGGUGGGCCAUGAGCUCGCCGAGAAGAUGAAGAUCAAGCGCAACUUGCAGCAGCAUUUUGAGAAGACUCGCUCGCUGGCGCCCUCCACCCCACUGACGGGCCGGCGCUACCUCAAGGAAAAGGAGCAGGGCUUCACUCCAGUGUCAACGGCGACACAGAGUGUGGGCCGCCUGCAGGCCCUGCUGUCAGGCUUGCGCGGGGCACCCAGCGAGAACCUGCUCACCAUGCUGCGGUCAUCUUCGCGUGAUCAGACCGAGGCGGUGCAGACACGGGUGCGGGAGAUGGGUGCAACAUUCUGCAAACACUACACUGGGCCCAGCGAUGGGCAGCCUGGCUCGCAGAUAGACUUUGCCCAGAAACGGCUGAAAUUGGCAGAGAUCCUGUACUACAAAGUGCUGGAAGGUGUCAUCACACAGGAGAAGAAGAGGGUACAAGGGAAAGACCUCACAACUCUGCUGGAGCAGGAUGUGUUUCACCGCUCGCUCAUGGCAUGCUGCCUGGAGAUUGUGCUCUUCUCCUACAACUCGCAGCGCACAUUCCCCUGGAUCCUCGACACGCUCAGCAUCAGCCCCUACUCCUUCUACAAGGUCAUAGAAGUACUGAUCCGUGCAGAGGAGGGCCUCUCACGGGACAUGGUGAAACACCUGAACCAUGUUGAGGAGACGGUGCUGGAGAGCCUAGCGUGGAGACGCGACUCCCCGCUCUGGGACGCCCUGCAUGCAGCCCAUGCCGCCGGCACGCCCACCUGCGAGGAGGUGACACUACCAAACCACCUGGAAAGCAUUCCAGCUCCUGCCAUUGUUCAUCCGCGUGUGCGUGAAGUCCGCACCGAAGCUUGCCCCAUCACAAUGAAAGUUGCAGGUGACGCACCACAGUCCCCGUUCUCGGCGCAUGACCGAUACAGCUCCCCAGCCGCUGGGACCGCUCGCCGCAAGCUGUUCACAGACUCAUUGGCGAUGGCGUCCAUCGCCUCCUCGACAUCUCAGUCUUCCUCCACUACUGCCACCGCCGCCCCCCCAUCCUCGGCGGUUGCUGACGGCUUGGCGGCGCCUGCAGCCUCCGUGCUGGGGCCGCGGGGACUGCUGAAUGUGCCGUCCGUGACGCCGCUGCCCGGACACACCAUGCUCACCGUAGCCACGGCCACCGUCACUGCGACUAAUGGCCAGUCGGUCACCAUUCCUGUGCGAGGCAUAACCAGUGACAGUGGCACCAUCACGUUCGUGCCAGUGACGGUGAAUGUGGCAGGGGGUCACCCGCCAACGCUGCAGGCCACGCAGUUGCUGUCGCAGACCCUGACCGCCCGCCGUAAGGAGGGCCCCGCCCUGUGCGCUGCGUCAGCAGUGACAGCCGCAGCUGAUGGGGAAGCAGCUGCAGCAGGGGCCGGCACUACCAUGAGCAGGCCCAAGCGCACUGGCUCCCUAGCACUCUUCUUCCGCAAGGUAUACCACCUGGCGAGCGUGCGGCUACGCGACCUCUGCCAGAAGCUGGACGUGUCGCCGGAGCUCCGCAGCAAAGUGUGGACUUGCUUCGAGCAUUCUCUUGUGCACUGCACCAACCUCAUGGCUGAUAGGCACCUUGAUCAACUGCUCAUGUGCGCCAUCUAUGUCAUGGCCAAGGUGACGAAGUCGGAGCGCUCAUUCCAGGACAUAAUGAAGUGGUAUCGGAGCCAGCCCCAGGCCAACAGUCAUGUUUACCGCAGCGUUCUGCUCAAAGGCCGCAGACGCAGGAGGAACUCGGGCAGCAGUGAGGGCAGCACAGAGGCACGGGACCGAGGAGAGCGCGAGUCAAGCCCCCCCAGCAUGCGAUCCAGCAGCACCCUGCCCGUGCCUCACCCGAGCAGCGCACCACCGACGCCCACACGCCUCCUGGGCUCAAGCUGUCACCCCGACAAUGAGGAUGAGGAGGAAGAGGAGAGGGGUGACCUCAUCCAGUUCUACAACCAAACCUACAUCUCUUGUAUCCGCACCUUUGCGCUCAAGUACACCGGCAACAACCUGGAGACUGCCGAGGUGCCACCCUUGUCGCCGUUACCUCUUCUGCGGACGCACCCGUGCUCUCCGCGCCGCGUGUCCCACAUGCAUCCAAUCUACGUGUCGCCACACAAGAAUGGCGCGCCCUUCUCCCCACGCAGCCGUUUGCUCUACUGCUUCAACCAGAGCCCCUCCAGGAACCUGCGUCAGAUCAAUUCCAUGAUCAGCUGUGGCGAGAGUGGCGCUGCUGCCGCUGCUGCUGCUGCAGCAGCUCGCAAGCGGUCUCUGCCACUGGACGACGUGCCAGACUCCCCAGCCAAGCGGCCACGCCCUGACGAGAGUGUGUGGCUCCGCCGGCUGCAGGACGUAGCCAGCGAGCGCGUCGUGCAGUGACGGAGCGCAAAGUAUUCAAACGACAACAAAACAACCCCCCAUUUUUCUGGCUGGUGGAGGGGGAAAUUGGCGUUGCCUGUUCCACUUUUUUUGACGCGGAGUUUGUGUAUCAUGCUGGAUAGUGUGGCGUAUGCGGUGUUGACAAAGCAGAGAUGUGUGUGUGCGUGUAAUUUUCCUUACGGCUCAGUUUUUAGGGUUUCGAAGUGGUGUAACUGUUCCCCACAUGCGCACCAUCAAGAAGUCCUUGGCACUCACUCCGUGAAGGCAUGGUUAACGUGAACUCAUAAUGCAUUGUAACAAAAUUUGGGCUAUUUGCCCUGCUUAAGUUGGGCCUUUCAUUAAAAAAGUGUCCGAUUUAGUUUGUAAAUUCUUAAUUUUUCAACAUACUGGUGUGCUUGAAAACAUUUGUUCAGGUGACACCUUGAUUUGUUAGGUGGUGGAGGUUGCGUUGCUAUAAUUGACAUACCCAUAUGGUCCAACCCAAAAUAAACACAUGCACAUUAUACGGCCUGAAAGUACAUUCUGCCUAAUGUACAUGUAAUAGAACAAUUAUUUUUGCCAAACGUCAAUGAAAGCUGUGUACACUGCAACAGUUUUAAUGACCUUUGGCGCUGCCAGCAUUGCCGCUUUCAGCUGUUGAGUUUGAAUUUACCACAUCGUGUUUUAACUACCACCUUAAUUUUAACAAUUAUUGCUGCCUUGUCCUCCCCUAGUUAAAACUAAACUUGUGACAUUGAUUACAGCAGUAUCUCUCCCAUAACAAUGGACACCAUGACAACAUUCUCAACAGUUACCCUUAUUUUGAAUUGUUACAGUAGCUCUAACAAUUGCAUAUGAAGGCCUACUUGAUGGAGACAUACUUUGAUUACCUUGUUAAGUUAAUCACUGUUUAUAAAUGUUGAUUCUAAUUUAGAUAAGAUGUUCAUACAAUGCUGUCAUUGAUAUUUAAAUGAGUUUUGCUUAAACAUUAGCUUCAUAUAUAGGUGUGGGUGACUUACCCUUAAGAUACAAAAAGAUUCAAUCAAAUGUAGAUCACCGUCGACCAUGGGCUGAUGGCUGAAACCAUUUUAGAAAAUUGCAUUUUAAUAAGUUUGUAUAUCCUUGUGUAUACUGUAUUGGUUAAAUAUUCUUAAAGUAAAUGCCUCUUGUUAUAUUCUACAGUCUCUCUAACUUGCGUAUUGCGAAAUCGUGAAUCACAUUUUGCAUUCCCACUUUGUGGCGCUUUGUUGUUUCCGGCCGAGAUCGUGUCUGUGACUGAUAAUCAUGCUUAACCCACCACGUACUGUGUGUGAUGGAUGAUGUCUUAGCUUUAGACGAUGUGUACUGUGCUUGUGUUUUGUAUCCAUGAGCAGGGAAGAAAGCAGCGCAAGCGACGAGUAAAAGCGGUCUGGGUUUGUGUUAAAGUUGAUGCUCUUGGCCACUCUUUUUUAUCUGUGCAGCUUGCAUUUAAUACACGUAUUGGAAGAACUUGAAAGAAGUAUCCCUUUGUAGUUUUGUGUUGUUAAAAAGACGAUUUCUACAGCAAAUCUGUAAGAUAUUCACUUUAUUUCUGUUGUUUUUGUGUCAGGAGUUUGUGUUAUUUGUUGAGAGCAUACGAUGGUGAAAAUGUGAAGUGUAUAUCUUCAGCCUGCUAGCUCGUGACGUGAUGUGUAGUAAAGUGAGGAAUGCACAUUUUUUUACUGGAAGCGGUUUUAAAUGAUACAACAAAAGUACAUUGUAAAUCGGAUUGUUAAAAUUGCUAUAUUCAUCAAGAAAAAGGAGGUAUGUAUUUUCAACAAUUAGUAACAUGAUAUGAAUUAAGACCAUUGUUUUGCAUGCGUAAAAUACUAAACUGGACAUUGGGGUGGCAUCAUGCAUAUUUGCGUUUAGGGUACAUCUGGAGUGUACUCGCUGUUUAAAGAAACCUUUUAAAACUAUCACGAAGUGUGGGUGCCUUUACUAAUGUUGUAUAAUGGAGUUAAAAAAGUUGUGUUCAUAUAUUUCCUGUAAAUAGCUGAAAUGUUAUUUACCGGUCUUUCUGGGGGUAAAAAACAAGUACAGAAAGCAGUGUUUAAUGGGAACGUAAAAGCCAUUCAUUAAAUGUAAGCUAUGUUGGUUCA